AUGCAAACCAUAUGGUUAAAAGCAUUCGAAAAUCUACGUAUACCAAAAUCCGAACAAUUUUCACCAACAAUCGAUACACCAGAAUUUGGUUUUGAACUACAAUGUCCAAAUUCAGUUAAAGACAUCCAAAUAAUCGAAUGUAUGAACGAAGAACUGAAUAAAAAUAGUCAAUGUUUAAAUGAUGAGGAUUUUGCUCAAAAUCUUGCGUUAAGUCACUUAAAAGACAAAUGGUGGAUAUGUAAUGAGAAAAUUUCUCAUGAACUAUUUCAAUCAGACUAUGUAUCAAAAGCAUAUUAUUUUGAUCAAGUGAUUUUAUGUGCACGACAAUAUCAUUUAUUACGACUUUCAAACAAGUUUUUAAUACAAUUUAUGAGUUGUGGUAUUAAUGAAGAACAGGCAUUAGAUAAUUUAAAAUAUUUUCUGUUACAUUCUCGAAAAAUAAUUGAUUAUUUAACAAUCUUUGAUAUAGCAUUACGUUGUUUUCCUAAUGCAGACGAGCAAUUCUUACAAAUUACAGUUGGUUGUGCAAAUGGAAUUAAUGCUAAGCAAUACACGACUUCAAUGUGUACCAAUUAUUAUCGUUUGAUUUCAUCUUCAGGUCAAAUACGUCAAUUACCACCGAAGACGGAUGAACUAUCAAAAAGUGUAUCAAUGGUUCACAAUAAUAUUUCAUUUUUUGUUAAUUCAAUUAUGAAUUUAAUUGAAUUUAUGUGUAAUGAUAAUGCAAAAACAUUCGUACGAUCAAAUACAAUGUUAACUCUUUAUUCUAGUAUUGAACAAGCAAUAGCUAAAACAAAUUUAAACAUAACAAAUUUUAAUAAACUACAUCCCAUAAUCAGCAUUAUUAACUACUUAAGAUUUGUACAUUCAAACAAUGAAGAGCAUGUAAUAAUUGAAUUUGAAGAAUUUAUCAUAUGGUAUCAUCGACAACAAGAAGAUAUUCUUCAUUCUUUAACAACUAUUAAUAAUGUCAUUGAAUAUUUUAAACAAUCAUCCAAUAAUAAACAACAUAAUACAGAAAACUGUAUGAUAAAAUUAAAAACUGAACUGUAUCAACAACUACUAGAAGCUAAACCAGAUCUGUUUGAACCAAUUCUUUCUAAAAUACAAACAGAUAUGAAUGAUUUAUGGCGAUCAUCAUCAAAAAUAUUUAACGUAAUUCAACAUCAAACGAAUUUAUUCGAUAUAUGUGAAUAUUUUUUUGAUAAAUCGAUCGAUAAACCGGAACAUGAUAUUUCACAUCUGUUUAAUGAUAAAAUAAGACAAUUUGAGAAAUAUCUUUAUCAUUAUGACAGAGAGAAUGUAUUAAAACAAAUAUUAUGUGAUCGAAUGUUUAAUUAUUUAACACAAAAAUACAAAAAAGAUAAAUAUUCAAUAAUAUUAACUGAAAAAUGUGAUAGAUUUAUUCAGAAUAUAGAUCAUCUUAACUUUAUUUUAUCACGUUUGAACGAAUCUACUAUAAUUGAAUAUCUACUUUUAAUUGUAUUUACAAAAUUCUAUGCACAUAUUUAUUCACAUGAAUUAUAUUAUGAAAAAGAGAAUGAAAAACUGUCCACUAUUAAUAACUUGUUUAAUACUGAAGAACAAAUGAUAAGUUCAACGAUAAAAUUAUAUGUUAAGAAGCAAUUAAAUUAUAUUAUGGAAAAAGAUGGUUCGAAAAACGAAGAUAAUAUUUAA